CAUCGUCCAUUCAAGGGAACCUAUUGUUUUUCUGUGAUCAACGUGCGAUGAUGGACCCGAAGACACAUCUCGAACCCCGACAUCGUGAACUGCUGCGGUCGGAAACCCGCUGGGACAGACAACGCCAGCGGAAGGCCGAACUGGACAUCAACCGAGCCGGCCUCGGGGAACUACUGCACGAAGUGCAACAGAUCGAGAAUUUGUCCGGUCAGGAUAUCAAAGGCCUGGCGUCCAGGAUCAAACGGCGCAAGCAUGCCGACACCCAGGAUUUGAUCAAACUGAGCUAUGGGUUUCAGCAGAGUGGCGACAACAUUUCCGAGUUUGUCCGGAUAACCGGUGCCAUCAAUGUGCUGGUGAAGGAAUUUACCGGUCACGAUUCGGACUUGCAGCUGUUGGCCGGUGAGUGCCUGUGCAAUUUGACGCUGGGGGAUGAAGUGUGCUGCGAAAAGGUGGCCACGUUUGCCGGGACGUAUUUGAUAACGUUUCUGGAAAAUGUUAACAAUAGAAGGCUGAACCAUCUAUGCAUAUGGACGAUACAGAACAUAGUUUCAUCCGGAAAGAAAGCUAUGCAGAUUCUCCAUUCACAAGGUGUCACUGCUACGUUGACUCGAUUGUUGGAAGAAACUGAAAAUAGUGAACUACUCACGGAAGUACUACCGGCCUUAAGUUUGAUAUUGGAUUAUGACGACCAGUUUAUAAGUGUGGAGCAAAUUAUGGCGACGGUACUACCUCAACUAGUCACGAAAAGUCCUCAAUCAGGGACUUUAAAACUGAUUUACCUCGGACUUACGUUAACUGGAUUCGAAACAUUCGAUACUUCGACAGCUCCACUGAUAAUUAGGCACUGUGUGGAGUAUGUAGCAUCAACAUCCCAUAAGAGCGAAAAUCAUACCGGAACUCUGCUCGUAGUACGAAUUCUAACGAACCUGGUAGCAAAGAACGAUAUUAAUUCGGAGCAACUACUUAUAGAAUGCCAGGAACUUCGGGUUAAAUUAAGUAGUAUUUUUAAUUUUUGUUCCGAAAAUGGUCACGACAAAAUUUGUAAGGAAUUACUCUGGAUGUUUGGGAAUGUCUACAAAAGCAUUCCCAAGCAAGUGAAAGAAGAGUACCUAUUGUAUGAUAAUUUUGUCCAUGAACUUGUAGUGCCAAAGGAUCUGCUGAAGUCGUGAAGAGGGUGAAGAGCAAUAAAUAUUGUUAUUAAAAUCAAACAUAA